GCAAACACCGUCAGCCCUUAAAUGUCAGCGCGAGGGGUGCGGGUGGCCACACUCCUGACUGAGGUGAGACAUGGCCCGCCGUCCUGCCCGAAAAUGGCCCUGUUUCCUCUCCUCCUUCUCUUGCUUUAUCUCCUCUUUCUCUGUCCUUCCUCCGUCCUCUCGUCCUCGAUCUCGACUCCCUUCUCCUCCUCUUCCUCAUCCUCCUGGACGCCCGAGAUGCUCGCCCGCUUCGAGGCCGAGCUAGACGAGGCUGCCGCGAACGCCCUCGCUUCCAUGAACGGGGAUAAGCACGCCCACGCCCACGCCCACGAACGACAGCCCCGCUCGUGCUCCGGGGGAACGGGCGCCUUUGGGUUCAACACGUUCAACUUCCUGACGUUCCUCCUCCUCACGUUCAACGGGGUGGUGAACGCCAUCAACAACGUCAACAACAACAACAACAACAACAACGACAACUCGCAGAACAACAUCCACGUGAACACGGACUCGCUCGCCUCCAACUCCGACUCGUCCAACAGCAUCACCGUGAUCAUCCCGCCCAUCCCGGGUCGCAGGCGGAGAGGCACACGCGCGUGCAAGGCGAGGGACGCAGCCAGCCUCGUCGCCCACCGCCUCGUGUCCGCCGCAUCAGCUGUGAGUCGAGCGGCCAACAUGUCCUCAACGUGUUUCGAAGCGGAGAUCUGCCGGCAGAUCGUGAGCAUCGCCGGGGAAGCAGGGGGUGUCGCCUACGCCCGAGGGUAUGGCAAUGUCCCCCUGCCCCUUCACGCUGCCCCCUGCCAAGCCCUGUUCCCGCUGUGCCCUCAUGGAUCCAAUUUCAAAUAGCUGGGAC